GGGCAAGACCUACCUUCUCUGCUUCCUGCUGUUGUGAGACUGUCAUCUUGUAGCAACACAGACUUAGGCCUGGCAUUCAAUAUGCCACUCGGUAGACUUCCUGGCUGGCUGUUUGCUGUGGCCUGUGGGCUCCUGCUUCUCCUCCUCCACGUGCAUGGCAAGGACUCAGCCAGCCCCAUCAGAAACACACACACAGGGCAGGUGAGAGGAAGCCUCGUCCGUGUGAAAGACAGCGAUGUCGGUGUCCACACCUUCCUAGGGAUCCCCUUUGCCAAGCCACCUGUAGGGCAACUGCGCUUUGCUCCCCCUGAGCCCCCAGAGCCAUGGAGUGGUGUGAGAGAUGGGACCUCCUAUCCAGCCAUUUCAGAAGCCCCUUCCAGGGAAUGGAGCUUCAUACAACAAGCAGGUAUUUCUGUCUCCAUGAUUAUCAAGAUAAUGGGCCACAGGUGUCCACAGACUGACAUAAAGAAUUCAGACUAUGCAAAGGAGAUGAAUCUGAUCAUGCCUUCCAUCUCUAUGUCUGAGGACUGCUUGUAUCUUAACAUCUACACGCCAGCUCAUGCCCGUGAAGGAUCUAACUUACCUGUAAUGGUGUGGAUUCAUGGUGGUGCGCUGGUUGUAGGAAUGGCUUCCAUGAAUGAUGGAUCCAAACUGACAGCUACUGAGGAAAUAGUAAUUGUUGCUAUCCAAUAUCGCUUGGGUGUCCUUGGCUUCUUCAGCACUGGAGACCAGCACGCCACAGGCAACUGGGGCUACCUGGACCAAGUGGCUGCCCUACGCUGGGUCCAGCAGAAUAUCGCCCACUUCGGAGGCAACCCUGGCCAGGUCACUAUUUUUGGCGCUUCAGCAGGUGGCACAAGUGUGUCUUCACUUGUUGUGUCCCCAUUGUCCAAAGGACUCUUCCACAGAGCCAUCAUGCAGAGUGGAGUAGCCCUGCUGCCUGACCUUAUCUCUGACACAUCUGAGGUGGUCUACACAACAGUAACCAACCUUUCAGGAUGUGAGGCCAAGGACUCAGAGGCUCUGGUUCACUGCCUACGAAGCAAGACUGUAGAAGAGAUUUUGACUAUCAACCAGGUCUUCACUAUGAUCCCUGCCGUGGUGGAUGGGACAUUCCUACCAAGGCACCCUCGGGAGCUGUUGGCCUCUGGGGAUUUUCACCCUGUCCCCAGCAUCGUUGGUGUUGACAGUGAUGAGUAUGGCUGGGGAAUCCCCUUGUUCAUGGGCCUUGAUCAUGUCAUAAAGAACAUAACCAGAGAGACCCUGCCAGCUGUUCUGAAGAGCAGAGCAGCACACAUGAUGCUGCCUCCUGAAUUUAGUGACCUUCUGAUGAAAGAAUACAUGGGGGAUGUUGAGGACCCCCAGACCCUGCAAGCACAGUUCAGAGAAUUGAUGGAGGACUUUAUGUUUGUGAUCCCUGCACUCCAAGUAGCAAAUUUUCAGCGUUCCCAUGCUCCUGUCUACUUCUAUGAAUUCAAUCAUCAGCCAAGCUACAUCAAGCAUGUCAGACCAUCCCACGUGAGGGCUGACCAUGGUGAUCACCUUCCUUUUGUCUUUGGCUCGCACCUUUGGGGCAUGAAUGUUGAACUCACUGGGGAGGAGAAGCUGCUGAACAGGAGGAUGAUGAAGUACUGGGCCAACUUUGCAAGACAUGGGAACCCCAACAGUGAGGGUCUACCCUACUGGCCUGAGUUGAUCCAUGAUGAGCAGUACCUGAAGCUGGACAUCUAUCCUGCUGUGGGCCGAGCCCUGAAGGCCAGAAAGCUACAGUUCUGGACGAAGACUCUGCCUCAGAAGAUCCAGGAGCUAAAGGGGGCUCAGGUCAACCAUGUAGAGCUUUAACGCCAGUUACAGAGACGAUGGGUGGGGUUGAGGGAAGAUGUCAACAUCCUGAGAUGUAAAUGUGCAUUUAUUUUUCUUUAUUUGUUCCAACACUCACACAAGCAUUUUUAACCUCAGUAUUUGCUCUUUCACUGUGUAUGACAAACCCUCUUGUGGUACUCAUCCUUCUGAACACAUUUUAUUAGACUCAAUAAAUGGUCCCACAACCAUA